AUGGAGUCAACGCUGCUUGCGGCUAAUGAAACGCUGAUUUCUUUAAAUUCAUCAAAUCACAUCAUUUGCAUCACUUUGCCACCUGAUAACAACAAUUUGCAACAGUUGAUGAAUGGAAUGGAAGGAGAAAUGAGAAAUCGUCUUCAACUGUUGAUCUUUGGGAAGAAGUCAAUUAAUCAUUUUCUGUUUUACGUGUUAUUGAGAUCGGUCGGUGAUGUUGAAUUGAAGUAA